CUCUCGUCAAUACGGUAGCUUGUACUGUAGAAGCAAUAUAACUAUUGAUGGCAACAAGAGGCUAAAAUAGUGUCUUUAAACUCAAAUUGCGCACAAAAACAAACCAUUUUGAAGUAUUGGACAGAUUUGAACAAUAACGUCAGAACAGGUCAUCUGAAAAGUGCAUCGAUCGACUUUAGCCCAGUGUAUCCUCUUUGGUUAAAAAUAGUCUCUCGCCAAAUUUGACGGUGGUUGUUUGAAUGGAUUUGAUUGGACGGAGCCUUGAACUGACUUGCUAACAUUUUCAGCUGUCAACCACAGUUAAAGUUUAAGGGUGAGAUUCGUAGACCUAGUAUAAUGGCAGAGGCUGUGGCCAAUGUUGCCCGGAGGGUCAAUGCAACAGUGGAGGAAGAGAAAGAUACUCUGGAUCUGUCAAACUGCAAACUGAUCAGUUUCCCAGAUGGCGUAUUCAGGGUCCUCAACAGCGUUGCAGAGAAGAUACACAUCGUCACGUUGGCUGACAAUGAGAUGAAGGGAGUUACUAGCAAAUUCUUCAAAACCUUCACUCAAUUGAGAGAACUGGACUUGCACGGCAAUGUGAUCACUAAACUGCCAGAUGUAGUUGGGGAGCUGGAACAUCUGACCAGCAUCAACUUGGCCAACAACAAGUUGUCUGUCUUCCCCGAGAGACUGACGCAGAUCCAGUCUCUGGAAAGAAUCAACCUGGAAGGGAAUGACAUCACUGACGUCCCCAUGGAAAAGUUGCAGGCCAUGCCAGCUCUGAAGUGUAUCAACCUGAAGUCAAAUCCUUUGGACAACAACUUGUUAACUGCCAUUCAACAAUUUCCUCAAACAUUUGAAAUUCAAACUACAACAGACAACUAAGACCUUGUCUUCUUCUAAGAUGGACAGUUUAUCCACACCUAGAGACAAUGAGGAUUGCAUGCUGUGCCUUCAGACUUUUUCAAUAGUACAAUUAGAGAUUCAGAGAUUCAA